AUCCACCAUUUCAAAGUCUAUCCGAAUCCCCUCGAACUCCCUACCAUUACCACUUGACUCCCUCCCAGAGGUUUCAUUCACGUCCACAUCACCAACCUCCCCUCACCACUUACAAUGUCUAGCUCCCGCACCAUCCUAGUCUUUGGCUCCGGCCCCGGCAUCGGGAACCACGUCGCCGCCGAGUUCGCCUCCAAUGGCUUCAACCACGUUAUCCUCCUUGCUCGAAACGAGUCCCGCCUCUCAGAAGACGCGGCCUUCGUCGCCAAAGCCAGUCCUAACGUCAAAGUCGACACCCUGUGUCUCGACCUCUCAGAUCUGUCUUCCAUCCCAGCAGUGCUGAAGAAGAUAGAAAGUCUGACAACAGAGGUGGGAGUUGUCUUCUUCAACGCGGCGAGGAUCAAGUACACCGACAUCCUGGCAGUCCCUGUUGAAGAGAUCGAGGAGGACUUCAAGACCACGAACCUCGCCCUCUACAUUGUAGCGCAGUGGGCAAUCCCACGCAUGCAGGCGCUCGCGAAGUCAAAUCCCUCGGCCAAGCCAAGUUUGCUCGUGACCAACAGCCACCUCCCGUGGGACCCCGUCCCAGUGCUCCUCUCCCUCUCCGUCAUCAAAGCCUCGCAGCGCAACAUGGUGCAAAAUUUCAACCGUGCGUUCAAUGAUAGCGGUGUCCAUGUGGGGUUGAUUAAUGCGCAGGGCAUUGUGGAGCCGCAGAAGCCGAGCCUUAAUCCCAAAAAUAUCGCGGAGAAGACCUGGGGGUUCUUUGAGGCGGGAACGGGCUUGGAUCUUAACAUUACAGAGUAGAUCAAUAGGAUGUUCGGACAGAGGCGAGUAAUUGAACGGGAGGACAGUUGUUGAAGAGACGUGUUGUCUGUAGAAAAUCUAGCCGACGAAUUGAGGGUGCUUAUAAAU